AUGACCGACAGACUCGCAAACUCCACAAACUCCUACAUCGGCGCCGCAAAGCAGGCGAUCGGAAACACCAUCGGAAACACCACCCUCGCCGCGAACGGUGCCCAACAACAGUCCCAGGCCGAGUCUGCCCAAAAGGCCGCCGACGCCAAGACCCACGCCCAAGGAGUCGGCCACAAGGCUGAAGGACAACUCCAGCAGACUGUCGGGUCCUUGACGGGGGACACGAGUGUGGAGGCUCGCGGGAACGCUAAUGAGGUCCGUGGUGAUCUCGAGCGCAAGGUUUAA